AUGGCUUCUUCUUCAGUGGCUGACUCUUCAGUUUGUGUAGGAAGUGAGAAAGAUCUCAAGCAAUGUAAAAGGCUAACAACUGUUGUUGACGGCAGAGAAGUUGCAAUUUUCUAUCAUAGUGGGAAUUUUUAUGCAAUGGACUUGCGCUGUUAUCAUGCAGGAGGACCUUUACACCUUGGAGAAAUUGAGGAUAUUAAUGGGGAGCCAUGUAUUGUCUGCCCAUGGCACAAGUACAAAAUCACUUUGUCUGAAGGAAAAGGUCUUUAUCAAUCAGUGGACCCCAAAAACCCCAUCGCACCCACUCCUUGGGUCUCCAAAGGAGUGAAACAAAGGACUCACACUGUGACUAUUAAAAAUGGACAUGUUUAUUUGACUCUGUUGGAUAUGAGCACGCAUAGAGAUUCAGAUUAUUAUUUAUCUGAAAAGUUCAAAAAGUUGUCGGCAUUUUAA